UCUGGAGCGCGUUCCCUGCCUCCCGUUGUUCGAUGCGCAUCGUAUCCGGAUCAACAUCCUCAUCAUCAAUCCUCCUCCUCCAGCCACACCGUUUUCCAGUCACAGACCACCGAUGUUUUCGAUUAUGUCAGCGAACAUGCGUCGUGAACGCAACUUCGGGACACAGGAGUGGAUUAAGUUACAGUUGGAUUAUUGGUCUGCGCUUUGUUGCCACGCUGUUUCUUGCUAAGUCGCCGCAAAGAAGCCAGGCGAAAUGUCUUUUCGGCGAGGUGUGGUUCGGCAGAGCAAGUUCCGCCACGUGUUCGCGCAGGCGUGGAAAGCCGAGCACUGCCUGGAUGACGUGCGUGUCUCGCGGGUGACGUGGGACGGCCCGCUGAGUGCCGUCAACCCCAAGUUCUUGGCGGUCAUCAUCGAAGCGGGAGGCGGAGGGGCUUUCUUGGUGGUCCCCAUCGGCAAGAGCGGCAGGGUCGAUCAGUCGUGUCCGACUGUGUGCGGCCACGCGGCGCCAGUGUUGGACAUUCAAUGGUCUCCUCAUGACGACAAUAUCAUCGCGAGCGCCUCGGAGGACUGCACCGUUAAGGUGUGGCAGAUCCCCGACGGGGGUCUGACGGCUCCCAUGACCGAAGCCGUGGUCACCCUGGAGGGGCACAGUAAAAGGGUGGGCAUCCUAGCCUGGCACCCGACUGCUUUCAACAUCCUCUUAACUGCGGGCUGCGAUAACGUGAUUGUGCUGUGGAACGUGGGCACGGGGGAGCUGCUGUACCAAUUGGCCGACGCCCACCCGGACUUGAUCUACAGCGUCAGCUGGAACAAGAACGGAAGUGCCAUCUGCACCGUGUGUAAGGACAAGGCGCUACGUGUCAUUGACCCGCGGAGGGGCACCGUCCUCAAGGUCAGAGAGAAGGUUCAUGACGGCACCAGACCCAUGCGAGCUGUGUUCCUCUCCGACGGCAAGAUCCUGACCACAGGCUUCAGUCGGAUGAGUGACAGACAAGUGGCGCUAUGGGAUACGAAAGAUCUCUCUGAGCCAAUGGCGGUGCAGGAGAUGGACACGAGCAACGGCGUCCUUCUCCCCUUUUACGACCCCGACACCAACAUGGUGUACCUGUUGGGCAAGGGAGACUGCACCAUUCGCUACUUUGAGGUGACGGACGAAUCCCCCUACGUCCACUUCCUCAGUCUAUACAGCAGCAAGGAGCCACAGAGGGGGGCGGGAUUCCUCAGUAAACGAGGGGUGGACGUCAACAAGUGUGAAAUUGCCAGGUUCUACAAACUGCAUGAAAGGAAAGUGGAACCCAUUUCGAUGACAGUACCGAGAAAGUCAGAUCUCUUCCAAGGGGACCUUUACCCGGACACGGCCGGUUUAGAGCCCGCGCUUCUGGCUGACGAAUGGAUCGCUGGCCGGGAUGCGCCGCCCCUGCUGGUGUCCCUGAGCGGAGGCUAUGCGGCGCCGCCAUCCAAGCACCGGGACACGCUCAGGAUCAAGCCCGGGCUGGCCUCGCAGGACUCGACACCGGCGGCGGCCCCCGCCACCAAGGAGCCAGAGGAUGAGGAGCCACGUGCCAUCACCAGGGAGACAAGCGGCCACACUGAGAGGCCUAAGCGAGAGGACGACAUUCUGAACGAGCUUUUGUCGGAGAUGAAGGCGCUGCGUGCCGUGGUGCUCGCUCAGAGCCAGCGCAUCGAGUUGCUGGAGAGGCAACUGGCUCGCAUCGAAGAUGGCGACGUAUGAACCGACGCCUCCCGUAGAAGAAGAACCUCUAGGGCUAUUUAAUCAGGUAGUUGAACGCUGCUAAACUGUGAUCAGAUCCAAGACCUCAAAGGUACGAUGUAGCGCGAAACGUCAUCUGAUGUUCUUUGCUUAGCGAAAGAAAAAUCCCACUGUGGAGGCUAGCUGAUGACUUUUGUGAUUUUAGAACUUGGUGGCAGUUGAACGUGGAUUUCUUGUAUCGCUGUUUUUUUUUUUUUUUUUUUCCGCUUUUAUUUAGACUUUAUAUAUGCACUGAUCCCAACACCUGAGAUGUGGUUGUAGCAAAUGGAAUAAAGUGUUGUUAAUAUUCAUUCAA